AUGUCUUCGAAGGAGGUAUCAGAAGACCACGAAGAUUGGGAUGUAGAUAUUUCAGCAGAAAUGUCGUCCUCUCUGGAUCGAUUUCAUCGAUUUAUUACAGAUCCCACCAAAUGUAAGACGAUUUUAGCACUUGUAGGGGCAGGUUUGUCCGCAGCAUCAGGUCUACCUACCUUCAGAGGCUCUGGAGGAUACUGGCGCAAGUAUAAUUCGAUUGACUUGGCUACGCCGGAUGCAUUUUACAGCAAUCCAGGAUUAGUGUGGCAAUUUUAUGCUCAUCGAAGGCAUAUGGCUCUAAACGCAGAACCCAACGAUGGUCACAAUGCCUUGGCCAAAUUGAGUCACGUCAAGGGCAUCAACUUUCUCACAAUCUCCCAGAAUGUCGAUGGGCUCUCACAAAGAGGUGGUCAGGAUCCUCAGACUCUUCUUGAGUUUCAUGGUUCCCUCUUUGAACUUCAAUGUACCGAAUUUAGCUGCUCUUACGUUGAAAAGAACAACUUUGAGGACCCUUUAACGGGGUCAUUGGAUCUACAGAACUUUGGAUCUAAGAACCAUCCAUUACCUAGCUUGGAAAUAGAUCAACUACCUCACUGUCCCCGGUGUCGGAAGGGGUUACUUCGUCCGGGAGUAUUGUGGUUUGGUGAAUCUUUACCUCUACAAGCAGUUGAUAAGGCAGACGAGUUUAUUGUUAGAAAUGGUGUGGAUCUAAUUCUGGUAAUUGGAACUUCCCGAACUAUUUGGCCUGCUGCCUCCUACGUGGAUAUUGUGAAGAAUCAAGGUGGUAAAAUAGCUAUUUUUAAUACAGAACGAGAUGAACUGGAGUCCAGUGAAGACUGUAACUCCUGGCAGUUUAUAGGCGACUGUGCAAAGACUCUUCCACUGGCAUUGGCACCCCUCAUUAAGUAA